AGAAAUGGGCAGGGUUUCAAUGGCCAACUGGACUGAUUAACUGACCCUGUGGAAUUUUAGCUCAGCUCCUCAGAGAUUUGAAAGCUCCACACAGGCAAGGAUGCAGUCAUCUGGAUAAACUUUAGAACAGCAGGAACGUUUACAGUGAAAGAAAAAGCAGGAGGAAAAGGGUUCAAAGAGAAGACGCUACCCUUGUCACAGCGACAGACAGAUGAGGUUUUCCAGUCAACCUGCAGACAGAUGUGGAAGCUGCAGCUGUUCUUAGCAUAUGAGGAAGCUGGAACGAUCAGCCUGGAACCAGACGGCAGCAGCAUGCCACCUUAACCAGCGCUAAGCUGGCCACUGGUCGAUUUUCAUCUUUGUACGGCCCUCCCUCCCAGCAUCCGGUCCUGCAGCUGGAGCUUAUUGCAGGGAUUACAGAGCUGGAGAAAAGUAAUGAGAGACGGGAAAAGAAAGGGAGUGAUGGAGAGAGCGAGGACAGACAAAUGGAAAAAGAGAGAAAGUGGCUAUUAAAAUUGCGUGGAAGAGUCAGAUGCUGGGAACAGCUGGAAAGACGAUGACUAAUAUUAGCAGUGAGCUUCGUCCAUCAAUCCUCAAUCCAGUCUCUCCACAUGGUGAAGAUGUAGUCUGUUUGAUCUCUAUGGAGAUGUCUCUAAACACAGACUCCUCUGCCUCGUUGCCAUGGUCACUGUGGUUGCUGUUCUUCCUGACCCCCGUCACCCAGACAACAAGCUCUGCCCCCACAUCUGAAACUUCUCUGCCAUUCAAUACCACGCUGUUGUUCGACAGUGGCACGCCGGGCUACAACCUACGGAACUGCAGCUGCUCUAAACCCGUCUGGGACUGCAACGAGGCUCUGGCCAACUCGCUGUGCAGAUGCCACACAGUUUUGCGAUCCGCUCUGCCCACUGCUGGGCUCAGAGAGCCUGGACGACUCACUGUCUGGGUGAAGGAGCUCUGGGUACUGGAAGAGCUGCUAAACAGUAGCAUGGUUGGCCAUUUGCGGUUGUCAUUUUGUGGAAUAAAACCAAUGGACAGUCAGUACCUGGCUCUGCAAGGUUUGCGUACCCUAAGGAUCCACAGCGCAGCACCAGAAGCUACUUACCCCAACCAGGAGAUUACAAUUUCCCCUGCAGCAGGGGUUGCAGUGGAGCUAGAGGCCCUCUCCUUUGACUUCUCCUCCUCUUUCCACGUGACCUUCCUGGAUGUAGCAGUGCUCAACGGGCUCUCUGCCCUAAAGGCAUACAGUGUGGUGGGACCACCUGCUCACAACCUCUCCCAGACCUUCCCCCACCUGGCUUUGCCUCUUGCUACGCCAUACUCUGCUGCUCCUGAUGACCCUAUUGACCCCAGUGAGCAGGCUGCAGAGCCUCUGCAGAACCUGCUUAUCACGUUUGUCUACUAACAACAACACAUCCUCAUUAGGGCAUGGCCAGGUGUGCAGUACAAAUGACAAAUGAUGUGCAGGAAUUAUACACAACACAGCUGGAUGUUUCUUUGUUCUCCUUUUGCAAAGGAAAAGUUGCACAUCUGACAUAUCUGUGGAAUAAACUUCUUUCUGACUAGCUGCUGUCAUUCUGGCCUAAAUGUGGCUUUGAACAGGAAAGAAGAAAAACCUCUUUCUUACCCUGAUGCCUUUUCUUCAAUGAGACUACAGACUUCAGACAGAACAUGUGUGCUGAACUCCUGCUGGUGUUUUCCCAUCCCUGAGCGCAGAUAUAGACACAAUGUUUGAGAAUGUUUGCCACAGCAUAUUUUGCAAAUCAUUCCAAAACAGUGAAUGAUGAUUUGCAAACCAGCGAAAAAGCGAAGGGUCAACGCCUGCUCCUUACAUUACAACUGAUUUGCUGCAGUUGUUGGAGAUGUUGCUUGUACAAAUAUUCUGGAACUGCUGCACAUACCGUGGCCAUAUCUUGGCGGUAAUGGCCUUUGGCAAGGGUCCUGAGGAAGAGAGUGGCAAAAAUUCAGACCAGGUUGUUCCACUGUUACAUGUAACUCACAUAUGGAGUACAUAGUGACUUCCAAAUUCACUAGUCUGCAGAUGUGCUCGUAAACACUCUCCGUGCACAAUUAAAACAGCAGGUAGCUGGAAGCCACACAGGCUAUGGUUACACUUGACUUUUCAAAUUGAUUUUUGAGAUCUGUGUGCCUACAUCUGGCCCUGAAAACAUGUGGCUCCUGUGGGUUGUUUCAACAUCCUUCCAUCUUCCACCUUUCACAUUUGAUCCAGAAGAUGUGACAGUACUAAUGUGAGGACAAGCUGUUUAUUGCAUAUCAGAUGACACACAGCAGUUUAUUGUGUGAUGAGUGUAACCGCAGCCACUGUGACAGACAGACAGCGAUCUGGUACGCCAACUGCAAGAACUGUAUCCAGAACAGAGAGGGAUGACAGGUCCCAGAUCCCGCUCCCAGCUGCCAAGUGGGUGUUAGCUCUUCCCCCAUCCAGGUGCUGUCAGAUAUAUCAGGGCAGCUGGACAGGAUGAACAGUAGGGAGGAGGCCUUUGACUAGACUGGCCACUUCAAACUAAUGCAGAUGUUUGUUGACAUUUACAUGUAGACGGGUGACAAAAUACGGAGAAACAUAACAAAUGCGGACUUCCUGAUGAGUCUAAAAAUGAUGGACCAAUGUAUAGACAGCACUAACCACCACCAUCAUCAGAACACCAAAUGGGGGAAUAUCUUUUGGGAGAAUGACGGUCAAUCCACAAGUGACUUGGAGAGUCUAUUUAGAAGCUCAGAAGCUAGGCGUGGCACUUGCUUAUGAACACCAUUAGAUGAAUUAGAGGAAAAGGGUAGCAAGUGGACCUUGAGAUUAUUUUGUCACAUAAACUGGUCCCAUUGUCAAGAAUGAGCCUAACAUAUGACACCUUACUAUGUUUAGUUUCUAAAGUUUUUUCCUGUUAAUUUGUCACCUAUCUUUGCAUGAAGCAGCUAUGGCCACUAAACAUUCUUGGUCUAGAUUCCAGGACAGGUCAAACCAGAUUACACUUAAAUUUGGGGCCCAGUGGUGCCAGUCCUGGUUAGCAUUGUUAAGGUGAAGGACUGUUGUUUUCUAUUAGGGUAAUGAAAACAGCUGUUUGCUCUGCACUUUUUACUUAAAGCUGGGUUGGCAAUUUAUUUCAGACACAUUUCUGUUAUAUUUGUUGAUCUUUACAUCCCUACAGCAAUCAAUAAAUCAAAUGACACAAAAGUGACUGUAAUGAGCACGGCCAAUCAUUUCA